GAAAUUGAGGUAUUAAAUACAUGAAUGAUAUUUAAUAACUUUAAAUUUUCUAAUAUCAUUGCUAAAAUAAACUUAGCGGAAGCACUUUCUUUGGAUGUGUAUUAUUGAACAAGUGACCUAGAUGCGAGUGUCGAUUAUCAGAUUGUUGGUCUUAUGUUCACAUGCAUGCGUUGGCUUGUGAAUACGGUGAUGCUUUCGAUUGUGAAGUAGUGAAGUGUAUUUGAAAUGUCAUUUUUUCAGUUAGAAGGGGCGCCAUGCCUUCAACACAUUAACUACAUGUUUUAUAAAGCUUUUAAAUAUAAAUCAAAUGAACUUAAUAAAAUUUUGGCUCUCGGGGAUUUUUUCUUUUUGAAAAUAUUACAAGAAAUUUGCAUCGGUGAGAUUGAGCUACUAUGGGAGGACAAGGCAUCGAAUCAACUCUUCGCAAGCCUCAGAUUAUAUUUUCGACCAGAGCAAACUCCAGAUGGCAGAUCUGAUGAUUCUGGA